UCAUGAAUACUCUACCAGUUUUUCUCUGCCUUCUGGGGCUCGUCGCCUUUGCCUCUUCUUCCCGCCUCUAUGGCAAGUGCGACUUCGAGGCCGAGGGCGACAUGUGCGGCCUCGGAGGCUCCCACAAAUUCACCCAAGGCCACGGCAGACCCUCGUGGAACUUGAACGCUAUGGACUCGGGCUACACAGGCUCGGGCUACUUGCUCCUCACAGGCUACAACUCGGAGAGCAGACUCGAGAGCCCCACGCUGACCGCGAACGUCGGCGACGAGACGGUCAGCUUCGCCUACUUCCUCAACGGCGAAGGAGAAGCCGACUCGUACAUCCGCCUGUACUCCCGCGUCGACGGCGUGGACAACCUCAUCUGGGAGGCCGAGAACAAGCACAACCAAUGGGAAUACGUCACCGUCGAACUCAACGUCACGGUGGGACACAUGUUCCAGGUCGUGUGGAAGGCUCGUGCUCAUCGGAACAUCUGGACGACGCAACACACCUGGCUUGGCUUGGACACCAUCGAGGUCGUGAACGAAGGAGGCGCUAACAAGUGCUUCAGACCGCCGCCCGUGCAGUACGCCAACCCUUGGUCCUGCUCCAGCAAGGCCCAGCAUGUCUUCAGACCUGACCUGAAGGAGGAACUUCCCGACGGCACCAUCUGUACCACCAGCUGUUUCAGCGGCUUCCUAGCUCAGGGAGAGCCUAUUCUCACCUGCAGCGACGGCCAAUGGACUGAAAAUGAUGGAAUAGUCUUCCUGUGCAUAGACGGCGAGGCGCCCAACUUCCUCACGUGCCCUUCAGCGAUCGACGUGACCACGCCCUUCGGCUGGGGCUCCAUGUGGUACACGAUCACGCCCCCGGAGGUGUCCGACAACACCAACGCUUGGCUCCUUGAGCUGUUCGUGGACGACGUGCAGCAAACAGAUACCACCGUGACUACUGCUUUGACUCCCGGAAGUUAUAAUGUUAAAUUCGUUGCUACGGAUUUCAACUACAACGUGAACUCUUGCAGCUACACCGUCACUGUCUCUCCCGGAGACCAGACUCCCCCCACGGUCAUUCAGUGCCCGAAUUCGCAGUCAGUCGAGAGCUCGUCGCCCCUCGCGGUUGGCUGGCAGGAUCCCAUUUUCAUUGACGAUUCGGGAUACAUUGCGAAGGUGGAGAGCACUUACGACCCCAACACGAUCAUGGCGUGGGGCCGGCACGAGGUCGUCUACACGGCCUAUGACAACUCGUCCAACACAGCCAGCUGCUCCUUCACCGUGACAGUGAAGGGCGUCCCUUGCACUACCCUCUCCCUGCCCAUCUUCGGCGCCCUCGUGUGCCACGACAGCUACUCCGGCCGCUUCUGCGUGUCGAUGUGUGGCGAGGAUGGGGACUUCCAGGUGUCGUCGCCUGAGCUCAGCGUGCCCAACGACUACCUGUGCUCCACCUCGGGCAACUGGUUCCCCUACGAAUUCAUCUACGACUGCGUCAGCGCUUACGGCGACGCCCCCAUCAAGGGCCCUGAGUUCUACUUCUCCGGCGCCUGCAACGAGACCUCCACUCAAAGCGCCAUGAAGAGCCAGGCGCUGACGAUCUUCAACGUGGCUGACACCGACCCUAUCCUGGGCGAUGACCUGACGCCUGAUGACUUCUACGUCACUUGCGGGCCCAGGCUUUAGGCCAGGCACAUGUAAAGUACCUCGGCUUCAGGUGGAAGGGGUGCGGCGUCGAUCCAAAGAGAGCGCAUUCGAUUAGGUUGGUGUGGCUGCGUGUAUGUUCGAAUGAAUUGUCUGUAGGUUUGAGUAUUCAAUAAAUAUAUAUUAUUUGAAGGUAGAUACAGAG